CUAUGAACUCCAUACAUGAAGAACUAACAAAAAUGGAUAUAUGGUGUGACACCUGGAGACUUGAGUUUAAUGUCGAAAAGUGUGGCUGGCUCUGCAUAGGCUGUCCCAACCUAGAACUCGACCUAGCAAUUCAGGGCCACAAAAUCCCUAGACUCAAAUCUGUGCUAGACCUAGGACUGACAUAUUCACACAAUCUAUCAUUUUCUGAACAUAUCUCGAAACAAGUAUCGAAAUCACGCAGGCUUAUUGGUUUCCUACUCAGGAACUUCUACAGAAGUGAAUCCAGAAUACUACUGUACAAGGUUUGUGUGCGCCCACUCCUAGACUAUUGUUCAUUCAUAUUUAGUAGUAUACGCAUAGAAGACAAACUAAAAGUAGAAGGAGUACAGAGGUACUUCACGCUGAAAGUAAUCGGAACUGAAAACGGCACAAACUACUCUACCAGAUGUGAAAUUCUAGGACUAGAAACAUUAUGGUUAAGACGACUGCGGCUAAAUCUGGUACUCUUCUAUAAACUACUUAACCACAUAGUGUAUACCCCUACUAAUUGUACUCGGUUUUCAGAAGACACUGGAUAUAACCUUAGACACACUCAAGGUACGGUGGCUAUAGAACAAUGUAAAACAGCCACCAGGCAAAAAUUUUUCAUGAUUAGGUAUGCCCAAAUAUGGAACAAACUACCUGAGGAAAUGCGACUAGCAAGCUCACUAGUGUCCUUUGAAAAAGCUCUUAAUGACACACUAAGUGGGUUUGUAAGUGAUAACAGUGCUAAUUCCCAUGUAAGAGCUUCAGAAAUUAUAGGCCCAUUUAAUGUAUGAACUUAGAGACUACACCUGUUGUUUCUUUUGCCUUUAUCUAUAAUUUCAGACAAACAAGCAGCAGUCAUGAAAAUAACACUCAUACAAAUAAGAGUCGAUCGAAUUAUGUCUACCUGAUACAAAGCCUGAACCAUAAUCAACAUAUGAAUGAAGUAUGAGAAAACAAGGUCGA